AUGACUAAUACUAUGGAAUACAUUAAAGAGGAUGGAAAGCCGAAUUUAUCUAAGGAAUCCAUAUUAGAUUACUUGAAAACUAGGGCUACAACCUUGUUCGACAUUCCUAUGUUGAAGGACAAAACUCCGGUAUGGGAAAAACUAAACCCGGUUCCCGGUUUAAGUGAAAUGACAUUAACUAACUGGAGUUUUUACGGGUUGGGUUUUUUUGCAUGGACUGUUGAUUCUAUGGAUUUCUUUUGUGUAUCUGCUGCUGCAUCAGAAAUGGCGCUCACGUUGGGAGUUAGUAUUGAAGAUAUAACUUGGGGUGUAACAUUAGUGUUAAUGUUGAGAUCUGUUGGUGCUAUUAUUUUUGGUGUUGUAUCUGAUCAUUACGGUAGAAAAUGGCCUUUUAUUGCUUGUUGUCUUCUUUUCGUCAUUUUGGAAAUUGGGACUGGGUUCGUUAAGACAUAUGAACAAUUUUUGGGAGUGAGAGCAUUGUUUGGUAUAGCCAUGGGUGGAAUGUAUGGUAAUGCAGCUGCUACUGCUUUAGAAGACCAACCGCAAAAGGCAAGAUCAAUCUUAUCGGGAUUAUUUUUGCCUGGAUACAACUUUGGUUAUUUAUUGGCUGUUGUUUUCUUCAGAGCUUUUGAAAAUACGUACAAAGAGGGUGAAGGCUGGAGAUCAUUAUUCUGGUUUUCUUCUGGAUUACCAUUAAUCUUGAUUUGUUGGAGAUUGUGCCAUGGUGAAUCUGCCGCUUUCAUACGAUUAAAGCAAAAACGUAGAGUAGAAGCUAGGGAUGAUUUAGAACAUCGCAACCCGAUGAAGAAACUUAACAGUCAAAUUAGUCUGGUUUUCAAAACAGAAUGGCUUAUGUUUGUUUACUUAGUUGUCUUAAUGUCGGGAUACAAUUUCAUGUCCCACGGUUCCCAAGAUUUAUAUCCAACUUUAUUGGUAAAGCAACACAACGUGGGACCUGAUAGAAAGACUGUUCUCAUGGUAAUCGUUAAUUUAGGUGCUAUGGCCGGUGGGCUUUUCUUUGGCCAAAUGACAGAGUUAUUGGGAAGAAGAUUUACUAUUAUUAUUUGCUGCAUAAUGGGCGGUGCAUUUAUUUACCCAUCGUUCUUUUCCAAUGAUUUGAAUACCAUGACUGGAGGCUAUUUCUUCCUUUGUUUUGCAACUAUGGGUGCAUGGGGUGUGGCGCCUUUACACUUGAUGGAAUUGGUUAAUAAGGACAACCGUGUCUUCUUAAGUGGAAUAGUGUAUCAGUUAGGUAAUCUUGCUAGUUCUGCUUCUUCAACUAUUGAAGCACAGAUCGGAACCAGAUUCCCAUUAGAUAAGGAUGAUCCUACAUCCGAUGCCUAUGAUUAUGGUAAAGUUAUGGGUAUUUUCUGUGGUGCUGUGUAUGCCUUCAUGAUCGUUGCCAUUUUCUUCGGUCCAGAAAGAUUCCAUAGAGAAUUAAUCGCUCCGGAUGAUGAAAUAGAGGAGGUAAACGACGCAGACGAUUAUUCAAGCAACAACCUGAUUUCUCAACAAAAGUUUGAAGUGUCGCACAAAGAUUGA